CAAAAAGAAGCAUCCAUAAGUAUAUUAGAUGGUACUUUCUCAUCAUUGCAGUCCAUUUAAGUGAAGAAAACAGAAAUGGAGGGGAGAAGAGUCAUUGGUUGGGCGGCAAGAGAUUCAUCAGGAUAUCUUUCACCUUACUCAUUCACUCUUAGGAAAACAGGGGCAGAAGAUGUGGUGUUGAAGGUUUUGUAUUCUGGGGUAGACCAUACUGAUCUUCAUCAGGCAAGGGGCGAGCUUUACCAAACAAGCUACCCUUUAGUCCCAGGGCAUGAAGUGGUAGGAGAAGUUGUAGAACUAGGACCAGAAGUAAGGAAAUUGAAAGUCGGAGAUAUUGUAGGAGUUGGGUGCAUAAUUUGGUCUUGUGGGGAAUGCUUGACCUGCAAGUCCAAGAUGGAGCAAUAUUGCAACGAAAGGAUUUUUACUUACAAUGCCAUAGACAAAGAUGGGAGAAUCACUCAGGGGGGCUACUCUUCUGCUAUGGUUGUCAAUCAGAGGUUUGUCGUUAGAAUACCAGACAAGCUUGCACCAGAGCAAGCAGCCCCACUAUUGUGUGCUGGAGUGACAGCCUAUAGUCCCUUGAAACAGUUCAAAGGGUCUAAUAAGGCUUUGAAUGCAGGUGUUCUGGGUCUAGGUGGUGUUGGUCAUUUAGGUGUGCUUAUUGCCAAGGCAAUGGGGCAUCAUGUGACUGUGAUAAGCUCUUCAGAGAAAAAGAAGGAAGAGGCUUUAGAGCAUUUAGGUGCUGAUGCUUUUCUGGUGAGCUCCGAGGCAGGCGAAAUGGAGAAGGCUGCGAACAGCCUUGAUUACAUCCUUGAUACUGUACCUGCUGUGCAUCCUUUGGACUUCUACAUUUCACUUCUCAAGUUUGACGGGAAGCUUAUUAUAGUAGGGGCUGCUCCAAAACCACUGCAGUUUGUUGCUACUAACUUAAGUACAGGGAAGAAAAAUAUAUCAGGGAGCUUCGUUGGAAGCAUAGAAGAUAUGCAGGAACUACUGGAAUUUUGGGUAGAGAACAGUUUGUCAUCAAUGAUUGAGUUAGUAAAGGUGGAUUAUGUGAACAAGGCAUUUGAGAGAAUGGAAAGGAAUGACGUGAGGUAUAGGUUCGUGCUUGAUGUGGCAGGAAGCAAGCUCGAAUGAAGCAGAUAUUGAUAACAGCAAUAAGGAUGAUAAUAAUGUCAUCCCUUCUUAAGCUCUAAAACUGAAAUAAAGGUUUUACCCUCAGAAAUCAGAAUCCUGAUAAUAAUAUCAUCAAACGCCUGCGGGGCAAAAGCUGAAUGUAUUUUCUCCUCUCUAUGAAAUGAAUAGCAUUAAAUACAAUAUCAACAAUAUUGAUUUCCGAUUUAUUCAUGCAAACCAACUACCCAAGUUAAUCAGCUGAAAUAUAAGCAGAUACUAAUGUCUAAUGAUACUAUCAAUUCUUCAACUUUGCAGAUGCGUAGAAUACAUUUUUUCGAAUUAUGUAGCGCAUUUUACAUCAGUGUUAAGUAUAUCGUUUCGUGCACAUUUCAAUCAGCUAAAUGAAGUUAAGCCUUACAAGUUAUUUUAAA